AUGUUCAUCAAGCUGACCAAAAGUCCGUUUUCUCUCACCAAAUUACCGUUUCGGCUCAUUAAAUCGUUUCAUUUCGCUAGAACUAUGGCGAUAUCUGUUUGGAGACCUGAGGAUCACGUACCGCAGGAGGUCAAAGACCUUCUUUCAAGUCCUGGUCAAAACCAUGUUUUGGCAUUUCUACACAUUGUACAGCUAUUGAAAACUCAACGAAGAACCGGAUGGUUAGAUCAUAAUAUUAGCCCUUGUGAGAGUAUUGCAGACCAUAUGUACCGCAUGGGUAUUACAUCAAUGCUCAUCAAGGACCCCAAGGUCAAUAGAGACAAGUGCGUACGCAUAGCGAUGGUACACGACAUUGCAGAAGCCCUCGUUGGCGACAUCACGCCAUUCGACCCUGUGGGCAAAGAAGAGAAACACCACCGGGAACUCGCCACUAUUCAAUACUUGUGUGAAGAGUUGAUUAAACCUUACAAUGCGCAGGCCGCGCAGGAAAUUAUGGAAGACUGGCUCGCGUAUGAAAACAUAACUUCGCUCGAAGCCCGUUACGUUAAAGACAUUGACAAGUUCGAAAUGCUCGUGCAGUGCUUUGAGUACGAAAAGAAAGCCGGUGGUAAGCGAGAUUUGGACGGUUUCUGGAAUGCCAUCAACAGCAUCAAAACCGAAGAAGUUCAAAGUUGGGCGCAAGAUCUUCUGCAAAAACGGGAGCAGUUUUACAAACAAUAG